UGCAAGCUCAACACAUCAUGGCAGGGUUCCUCCUCGGCGCUGGGUCCGGCGUGCUCGCCGGCGCGGCCGUGUACUACACCAUCUCGACGACGAUUGCGCACAGCACCGACCAGAUCCGCCGAGAGUGAGUGUUGCGAGCUGGCUCGGGGACCCGUCGCUCGCGCUGCGAUCAUGCUGGCUACGGCUGGCUCGUUGCUGGCUCCCCAGUGCUGGGCUAGACUGCUGCUGACUCACAACCUGCUCCGCCUGCUACACUGCACACCCGCUAACCCAAGCCUCCACAACUCGGCCGUACUGCUCGAACGGAGCUUUGAUGACACGCCUGGGCCCGCGCCGUCGUCGUUCGUUGGGCCGCGUCCGGGGCCACCCGCCUUCUCCGAAAUCCUCAAGCAGCGGUGGAACCAGGCGCUGGGCGGCGCAUACGCGCACGCGCGCGAGACAGACUGGCUCGCGCUCGGCGGGGAAGCGGUCGAGGGCGUGCGGGGCCAGAUUGCCCGGCUGACGGCCGCGGCGGACCAGACUGUCGUGGACGCGGAUGCGGCGCGCGCGGCCGCCGCUGCCGCGCAAGCGACGGCGGUCGUCGACGGCGGAGCGAACAUCGCCGCCUUUGACGCCGCAAAGCAGGAGUCGGAGGGGCGGUAUGUCGGCGACGUGCAUGUCGACCGCGGACUCAAGGCGUCAGAGCGCGGCGUCAAGAGCCCAAAGCGCCUCGUAUAGAUGCAUAAAAUAGGACCCAGAGCAGACUCGCUGCUGGAUCAUGGUGGUAAUGAUACAUUGGGGCUAGUAGCCGCUCCGCAGCUGCUCUUGCUUCUCCUUGAUAAA